AUGGAACCUACUUCAAACGAAAAUAAAAAUAUUGUAUUUCCCAAUCCCUUUGCUGAACCCCUCAGCAUACCUGCUUUUAGAAAGAAUACUUUCCAAAUAUCCGAUUGGGAUUCUCAAUUAAAUAGUUCUGGACCAAAUUCUCAAACUAAAGAAUUCGAAGAAGUUGAGGAGGAAGUGAUCUUAGUAGGCACUAGUAGAAAUUCAAAGCCAUAUCGUUACUUGCCAGAUGUCUUUUCCCAUAAAUGUAGUGUAGCCAGAGAAGAAUCUAUUUCACCACAAUUCUCAGAGUUCGAUACAAAUUCAUAUCCGUCUUCUCCUUCUAUCAAUGCAAUAAAAGAUGAUUAUUUAUCAUCAUCCGAUAGUAUAAUUUCUUUGGUUUUCGAACCAAAGAUAGAGAUUUCAACGACCCCAUCUCCCCCUAAAUACAUCGAUUUAACUCAAGAUAACGAAGAACCGUAUAUAAUUGAUUUAACACAAGAUAAAGAGAAACUGGAUAUUAUUGAUCUUACUCAAGAUAAUGAAGAACCAUCUAAAAUACAUAAUAAUGUAACAAAAACUUUAGCUUAUAAUGAUCACGAAGACGUAGCGUCAUCAAGUGAUUUCAGUGAUUCAACAAUUGAAUCUGAAAAAUCUUCAAAUGAUUUUUCAGAUAAUGAAAAGAACGAGGAAAGUGUUGAUGAUUCCGAUUCUGAAAUGUCUGAUCUAAAUGAUCUAAAUAACGAAGAUAGUGAUAUUGUCGAUAUUGAUGACGAUGAUAUCGAUAUGAUGGAUAAUCGUUCAAUAAUACCUUUACGAACCAAAAAUGAAGUUAUAGAUAUAUUGAUCCCAAAACCGGAAAUAGAACUACGACCAGAUAUAGAACUUAUUGAAAUAGGAAAUAUACUUCAUGUAGUUGAAAAUCAAGUAGUUGUUCAAUCAAAUAAAUCUGGUGAAGCGUUAGUUUUAGAUUUUGGGACAAUUUUAUUAUUACAAGGACCGAAUAUUUUAGGAGUUAUCUUUGAAACUAUAGGACCUGUUCAUCAACCACUUUACGUAAUCCGAUUUAAUGAUUCUUCUGAAAUUAAUAAAGAAAUAAUGGUAAAAGAUGCAAAGGUGUUUAGCUCACCUGAUUUAAUUAAAUAUACAUUAACUCCAAUGAUCCGCGAAGUGAAAGGAUGUGAUGCAAGUAAUAUUUAUGAUGAAGAAGUCAGCGACGGGGAAUUGGAAUUCUCAGAUGAUGAAAAAGAGCAACAACAUAAACAACAAUUAAAACGACAGAGAACACGAAAUUAUCAUAACGAACAAGGGCCAUUUAUGAAUCCACCAUCUUCCGAUCUAAUACAAUUAACAACGAAUGAAACUAAUGGAAGUAUGGCAAUUAAUGCGAUGCCAUUUAAUGACAAACAAAUGUAUGAUCAAAUUUCAGGGAUAACACAAUCAACACAAUCAAUAUCUAAUAAUAUCCCACAAGUAUUUGGAGGAGGAGGAGGAAGUAGAGGUAAAAAAAGAAAACGAGGAAAUCCUGGUGGACGUGGUGGUAAUCGUUUUAUAACACGACAAAUUCCUACCAAUAACAAUGAUCCUUUCGUGGCAGAUAAUUCUUCAACAUUUGAGUUUUGUAAGUUAGAUUCUUUAUCACAACUUGAUAAAAUUGAAAGGGAAAACAGCUUAACCAUUAAGAAUGAACCUUUUAGGCCAACGUGUUUAGCUUGUGGAAAUUUGUCUUUUGCAGACGUGGAACAACAAAGAGCUCAUUAUAAAUUAGACUGGCAUCGCUUUAAUGUCAAACGCCGAGCAGUAGGUCUAAGUCUUGGCUCGACGAAUCACGUUCCAGUCUCAGAACAAGAAUUUGAAGAGCUUAUGGGUGGUGAAAGUUUAUCGAGCAUUUCUGGAUCAGAAACUCUUUGUUCUGAUUCAUCUUCACAAGAAGAUUCCACAAAUGAAUUCUUAAAUGAUGAUAUAAAUGAUAUCAAUGAGAUAGUUGAAGUAGAGAAGAGAAAUUCUCAACCAAUUUUAUGGUUUACAAGUUCUAAUAUAUUAGAAGAUAAAAUUUAUCUUGGAGUUUAUAAGAAUAUCCUUCAUAACAGAGGAGGUGAAGGUAGUCCCCUUAAUGAUAUUAAAAACUUGAUAAAUCCAGAAGAUUAUAAACCAAAAUACUGGUCGAUGUUUAUUAUGGGUGGUGGUCACUUUGCAGGACUUAUUUUAGAUAUAGUUCAAAAUUUAGAGGUCACAAAUCCUAAAGAAAUUAAAGUAAUAGUUCAUAAAACUUUUCAUCGAUAUACAACACGUAGAAAACAAGGUGGCAGUCAAACGAAUAGUGAUAAAGCGAAAGGAAAAUCAAAAUCAGCAGGUGCAAGUUUAAGGCGUUAUAAUGAAGAUGCAUUGCGAGAUGAUAUUCGUUCAUUACUUCAUCAAUGGAAAUCAAUGAUUGAUCAAAGUAAACUUGUAUUCAUACAUGCACCAAGUUACAAUAAAAAAAUGAUCUAUAAUUAUGAUGGAGCUGUCUUGAAAAAAGAUGACCCUCGUAUUCGAUCUUUUCCAUUUUCAACAAGACGAGCGACAUUCAAUGAAUUAAAAAGAUGCUUCAUCGAAUUUACUACUGUAAAAGUUUUACGAAAGAGUGGGGAAACUCUUCAGAACGAAGAUCUUCAGUGUGAAAGUGUACAACGAUCUAUUAAAGAUAAACCUCCUCUUGAUCAAGGAAAACUGGAUCUGAUGAAACAGCAUAUUUUCAAACAUUCCCUUAAUAUUUUAGAUCCUCUACCUGAUAUAUUUGUAACUGAGAAUGUCAAGAAACAAACAUUACUUCAUAUUUCAUCAUUACUUGGUCAUUAUUCUGUCACAGAAUAUCUGUUAGAACAAGGUGCUGAUCCAACAAUUGUAACAUCAAAGAAUUUUACACCAUAUGAUGUAGCGAAGGACAAAGAAACUCGUAAUAUAUUUCGUAGAUAUUUUGCAGAACAUCCGGAUCAAUGGGAUUGGAAAUCCGCACAUGUACCUAAAAAUAAUACUGAAAGUAAAGAUAAAUCAGUUGAAUCAAAGAAAAAUAAAUCUAAUGUCAUUAUUAAAAAUACAGAUGACAUAUUUUUAGGUAUAUCACCUGAAAUGCGAAUGAGAAUUGAAAGAGAAAAGAGAGCCAGAGCUGCUGAAGCAAGAUUUGGAACAACUUCAAGAAUUAGUUCUUCAAAUGUUUGCACAAUUUGUGGAAAGUCUCUUUCUGGUCUAACUCCAUUUGAGAUAAUGCAAUUUAAGUUUUGUAGUACAAUAUGUGUUGGAAAAUAUAGAGAAUUACAUGAUUGA